AGGAAGGUGCUACAACAAGAGUUCUAAAGGAUGGCAGAAAGGUAGAGAGAAAUACUUUUGAUCACAUGGAAUACAGACAAAUUGCUUGAAAUUCUUAUUAAACUGGAUAUAAAAGCAGUGUUUGGAUUGAUAAUGAAACACUUCAUAAACAAAGACUAUCAAUCACCACCUUUUAUCAAAAAAACGUGUGGUGGAGUUGUUUCUCAAUAAUGGCAAUUAAGUUUUAUGAUUGACUGACUGUAACCGGCCAUACAGCUGGAAGUUCAACAGAGCGCGAUUGACCGAUGCACCUGCUACGGAGAAUGAGAAUGGAAAUGCCCUGUGUUCAAACUCAGUAUGGAACUCUGCCCUAUGACAACAGCUACUACAACACUGAAUUCCUGAGCCUCGACCACACCGCCAAGUUGGCCAUGGACAUCAGUAGUCAGCGGGACCAGCUGCCUGCCCCCUCCCUCCCCAGCAUUAACACACUAGUGGGCGGCUACAGUGGAGAGUUUGAUACAUACUCCUGCCAGAUUGCAACUUCCACCGCACCCACCUCCGCUGGCACCAGCUCAGGCCAGCAGUCACCCUUCGAGCAGGAUGACUUCCAGGUAUACGGCUGCUAUCCAGGUACAUUUGCCCUGAGCUACCUGGAUGAGACGCUAUCCUCCUGUGGUUCAGACUACUAUGGCAGCCCUGUCUCGGCACCGUCCCCCUCCACCCCUGGAUUCCAAACACAGCCUGCAUCCGCCUGGGAGUCUCCUUUUAGCCCUUACUCCCCUGGUCCUGGGUGCUGGGCACCCGAAAAGUCGGCCCUUCCCCAGCCGCCCUCCUUCUUCACCUUCAGCCCCACAGUGGAGCAGCAGUCCCCGCUGGGAUCUCAGCAGCCCCAGUUGAUGGAGCAGAACGGCUACGGCCAGAGUCGGCAGCACUCCUCACCCUUGCACUUUGCCCCACUGAGCCUGGACCAGGAGCCCCUGGACAGUCCCACACUGGUGGAGGGGCCCUUGACGUCGCCCAAAGUACGAACCCCAGGGGCUGGUGAGGGCCGCUGUGCGGUGUGUGGGGACAAUGCCUCCUGCCAGCACUACGGGGUGCGCACCUGUGAGGGAUGCAAAGGGUUUUUCAAGAGAACUGUACAGAAAAAUGCUAAAUACGUGUGCCUGGCAAACAAAGACUGCCCAGUGGACAAACGGCGGCGGAACCGGUGCCAGUUCUGCCGUUUCCAGAAGUGCCUAGCUGUGGGGAUGGUGAAAGAAGUUGUGCGAACAGACAGCCUGAAAGGUCGUAGGGGUCGCUUGCCCUCCAAGCCUAAGAAUGUGCAGGACGCUGGAUCAGCAGCUCCCCCAGUCAAUAUCAUUGCCUCCCUUGUCAGGGCACACAUUGACUCCAACCCUUCCAUGGGGAAGCUGGACUACUCCAAGUACCAGGAGACCGUGACCAGCCUAUCAGAGAAGGAGGAUGCCAGCGACAUCCAGCAAUUCUACGACCUUCUGACAGGCACGAUGGAUGUGAUCCGCAAGUGGGCAGAGACAAUCCCGGGCUUCACCGCCUUCUGCCAUGAAGACCAGGAGCUGCUCCUAGAGUCCGCUUUCGUGGAGCUGUUCAUCCUUCGGCUAGCAUACAGGUCGAACCCUGAGAAGGACAAGCUGAUCUUCUGCAAUGGUGUGGUGCUCCACCGCAUGCAGUGCGUGCGAGGUUUUGGUGACUGGAUUGACUCCAUCAUGGACUUCUCGCAGAGCCUCCACCGCAUGAACCUCGACGUGUCCUCCUUCUCCUGCCUUGCAGCCCUUGUCAUCAUUGCAGAUCGCCAUGGCCUCAAGGAGCCAAAGCGGGUGGAAGAGUUCCAGAACCGGCUAAUCGCCUGCCUCAAAGACCAUGUCACUAGCAACAGCAGCGACCCCAGCAGGCCCAACUACCUGUCGCGGCUCCUGGGGAAGCUCCCGGAGCUGCGGACACUGUGUACCCAGGGCCUGCAGCGCAUCUUCUACCUGAAGCUGGAGGAUCUAGUCCCACCUCCCCCCAUUGUGGAUAAAAUCUUCAUGGAUACCCUGCCUUUCUGAAAUAUGAUGAGAACAAGGGGAAAGGUUCAACUCGCAGAUGGCGCUAAGAAAAAAAACAUUAAAGAUGUAAAAUGGAACCUUGUUUCCAUAGCCUUAGGGAAAAUCAGGAUAUAAAUCUGUGAAACACACAGACACCCUCACCUAGCUUGUCCUGCCUCUUUGUGAUGCACCGCCUAAUGGGCAGCUUGUUCUGUUGCCAGACAAAAUGAUUCUAGAGAGACAACUGAAACAUCUUUUUCCCUCACCUUCUCAUUUAAAAAGUCACAUACUUUUUGUCACUGCAAGCCAUAGUGAUGGACAUUAAUGUUAACAUUUUUUUCUUUCUCUUCUGCGGAUUAUUCGUGAUGAUACAAAUGGAGAGAAGAAUGUUUAUCAACUUGAACAUUUACUCAUCCAGUUUUAUGUAUUUUUGUUUGUUUUUGGGGUUUUUGUGUUGGCUUUACAGCUGUGCAAGAAUGGUAAAUAUCUGCACACAUUGAGGAAUGCUGGAAGAGGGAAAUCAAAGAACACACAGCAUGACCAGCACCCAUCAAAGGGCAGGACCAUACCUCUGAAUGGUAUGCAGUAUUAAAGCACACAAGAGAGGGGUGAUAGGGCUCCUCUGUCCCAGGUCAUUCAUUGCCAGUUGAUGCACAGGUAGCACAUAUUGAGAUCCUAAGAACGAGCUGUUGAGGAGUCUCUUUCGUUUUACCAGUGGCCAAGUGGUCAGUCCCAUAUUUCAUUAUCAAACAAAGUCCUGCUCUCCGUCCAAGAUGUGAACAAUGCGUCAGGGGCAGUGUCUCUUAUCAUACCAUAAGCAUACAGACAGAAAAGGUCAAGGACCAAAAGGGGCCUGUUUUACAAGGAGUGAAGGGUUACUAACUCUGUUGGUGGAAAAUAAGCAUACUCUCCAUCCCAAUGAGGUGCCGCAAUACACAGUCGGUUCCCUGUAACACAGUAAGUAGCUGCUGGAUAGAAAAGCUCCAUCGCUGAACACACUGCUACAAGGAUCAAGUUCCUCUGUUUAAAGUCAUACAGAGUUCACAGCGUCACAGUGUAACGGCACCGUCACAGCCAUCUGUACUUAGUGCCUUACUGAGAGAACCUCAUGGAAGACUCUGUGCCAUUCAAUGAUACUGCAACCACAGUAUAUUAAAUACGAAUAGCACAAAACAUAAAAAUAAAAAAAUCCCAUUGGUGCUCUGCUGCCAGCGCAGUGUUAGAGACCAUGUGUCCUGGACAAUCUGUGUUCAAGCAGCAAUUUCAAGCGGCCACAUGUGACAAGUCACUCAUGUAAAUAUGGGACAAAACACAAUGGGUAAAGCUACUGUUAAUGUUACAAGUGUUGCCUUAUGAAUUCUGUAUUCUCCACGGGAAGAAUAUGCAUUUGUAUAUUAUUUGUUGUUGUUUUUUUUUUUCUAAAGAACCUUCAGUGGCUUUUCAAAGUCGCAAAUUACAAAAUGUGACAAAAAAAAA